UCGGCGGUUUCCGUGCGCGCUCGGAGGAUUCCGUGAGCGCUCGGCGGUUUCCGCACGCUCUCGGCGGUUUCCGCACGCUCUCGGCGGCUUCCGCGUGCGCCCGGCGGCUUCCGCGUGCUCCUGGCUCUGCGCCGCCUCGCCCGAUGGCCCCUCAGCGGAGGGCCGCGCCUAAAGCCCCCGAGGGCCGCGCCGAGGCUGAGCGCCGGCGCCCCAGCAGCUCCAGGAAGGACCGAGCCCCGCAGAAGGGGUCCAGGGUAUGGCUGCAGGCCACAGGCCUGGCGGCCAUCGUGGCAGUGGCCACCUUGCUGCUGUGGAGCAGCCUGGGGGCCGACGACGGGAUCAGCGGAGUCCUGGCCCGCCGUGGGGAGGUCGUGGCCCGCAGGUUCAUCGAGGUGCCCUGUUCCGAGGACUACGACGGCCACCAGAGGUUUGAAGGUUGCACCCCCAGGAGGUGUGGCCGAGGCGUCAGUGACACCGUCAUCUCCAGGGAGGAGGCACAGCGCAUCCGCAGCAUAGCUGAGAAGGGGCUGUCGCUGGGAGGAUCCAACGGAGGGGCAUCCAUCCUGGACCUGCACUCGGGGGCCCUGUCAGUCGGGAAGCACUUUGUGAACCUGUACAGAUACUUCGGGGAUAAAGUACAGACCGUCUUCUCAGAAGAGGACUUUCAGUUGUACCGCGAAGUGCGGCGGAAGGUCCAGCUGGCCGUGGCCGAGGCCUUUGGCCUCAGCACGUCUUCACUGCACCUGACGAAACCCACGUUCUUCUCGCGCAUCAACAGCACGGAAGCGCAGACAGCGCAUGACGAGUACUGGCACACGCACGUGGACAAGGUGACCUACGGCUCCUUUGACUACACCUCGCUGCUCUACCUCUCCGACUACCUGGAGGACUUCGGCGGAGGGCGCUUCGUGUUCGUGGACGAAGCAGCCAACACGACGGUGGAGCCACGAGCAGGCCGGGUCUCCUUCUUCACGUCUGGCUCUGAGAACCUGCACCGCGUGGAGAAGGUCCGCUGGGGCACCCGCUAUGCCAUCACCAUUGCCUUCACCUGUAACCCCGACCACGCCAUCGCUGACCCCACGUUCACGUAGCGGGACCAGGCAAGACGACUGGGGAGGGGCCGGAAAGCCGUCGCAAAGCUGCCACCUCCAUCCAGCCAUGUCCACUGCGUGCACUGCCUUGCCUGGGUCCUCACUGGCCGCGAUUCAGGCAGUAAAAUCAGGGCCCAGCCCCAUUCACAGGCAUCUAUGUGCUCGCCUCAGCCCCUCCUUCCCUGGGGACACACGUCCUGCUUCCUCCAGGGGUGCGAGCUGACAGCGGACUCGGUGCUGGGCCUGGCCAGGGUUGGGGACAGGUGCAGGGAGAAGGUUCUCUGGCAGCAUGGGGCUGGUGGGGGCUUGUGGGGGAGGUGAGGGCAGCUCUGUGGUCACACUGAGUGACCCUGAGAGAGCCGGGCCCCAGUCACACCAUACCCCCUCGCCUGUGCCAUCACUGGCCUGGUCCCUGGCUCCCCCUGUUCUAUCCCAUCUCUGACCAGGAUCCCAGAUCCCACCCUGUUCUGUCCUGCCACUGACCCAGUCCCUGCUCUCACGGGUCCCCCGCCCACUGAGGCUGUUCCACCUUUGCUGGGCACUGGUCAGGCCCUGAGGGCAGGGCCUUACCCAUCAGCACGGCUCCCCCACCCCCUGGCCGCUAUGGUGACGCCAGUGCUGGGGUCAUGACACGGGCCGGGAGGCCACUCAGCUUGUGGGACAUGAACAAGGGGCCACUCAGUGGAUGCGGUCCUGAGGCAGGUGAGCCUGGGCGAAGUCGCCCCUCAAGUAUCAGGCUGGGCACUGUGCCUGCAGAGCAGCCAGGAGGUUGGCAGAGCGGCUAGGAUGCAGCCUGGGGCACUGCACCCCAGGUGGGAACUCCACGCAAACACCUCCCUGGAGGGCACAGGCUGGCAGGUGCUGAGUCCCUGCCACCCAUGUGGGAGAGCCAGAUGGGGCUUGGGGCUCCCAGCUUUGGCCCUGGGCCACCACUGAGGUGACCAUCUGGGGAGAGAGCCAGUGGAUGGAAGGUCUCGGUAGCUCACUGCCUUUAAAAAGUGAAUCAAUCAAUAAAUCAUUUGAAAGGA